AUGGCAGAUGACACUAAUGAGGAUAGCUGGCUGUAUGGCACAUCGAAUCCAGACUCCACAACCACCGAAAAUGCCAGCGAUGCUCUGGCUGCGGAGCACGAGGCGCUUGCGGCGGUUACCGGCGAGAAGCCCGGUAGCAGUACGCUGCCGGGAUUUCCUAAGGAAGAAAUGCCAGAAUAUGGCGAGUUUGAGGAUCCUGCUAAGGAAAUGGAGGAAGAUGAGGAAGCAUUGCCGGACACAACAGAUAUAAAGGUGCGUAGGGGAUCUGGCUCGGACACGGCUGGAAGUGGCAUGGGUGAUGACGGAUCGCAACAUGAGGAUGCAGAAAUGACGGAUAUGACAGAAGGCGCACCCGGCACAACAUCGCGCAAGGAACGCAUGGGAUCCGGCUCAGAUGAAGAUGAUGACGAUGACUCCGACGAUGACAUCAAUGUAGUUAUUGGCGAUAUCAAGUCAGCGCCCAGCACUUAUAAUAUCAAACAGCGUUCCAAUCUGCUGGCCGCCACAGGCGACAAAGCAAAGCCCGCAACUCAAGGUGGAAAGUUUAGCAUUGAAGACUUUGAAGGCGCUGGCACCAUAAAUGGCGUGGCCGUACAUGAAUUUAGCAUAGAUUCGCUAGAGGAGAAACCCUGGCGUAAGCCCGGUGCUGACAUAACUGAUUACUUUAACUACGGCUUCAACGAGGAGACGUGGCGUGCCUACUGCGAACGUCAAAAGCGCUUCCGUGUGGCCGAAAGCGGCGUGGGCCUGGCCAGUCUUACUCAAAAUGUCAACCAAUCUGCUAACUCUGGAGGUAUGCCUGAUGGCGGUGGCAGCAACAUUACCGUAGGAUUGAACAUGGGUGGUGCACCAAUGCAUCAUCACCAGUCAAUGGGCGUUAUGGGCGAUGGACCUAUGCAGAUGCCACCGCCAGGCAUGCCGCCGAUUAUACAACAUCAACCGCGUCCUGGAAUGGGUAUGAUGGCGCGACCGCCGCGUCCAAUAUCUACCACUGGCGGCGUCAAGGAGAAUGCCAUACAAGUGAUGACAGCAGAGUGUCGAGAGUAUUCACGUGGUGGCUUGGGGCCAAUGGCGCCCAAUUUCCCACCACCAGGUGCUGCGGAUGAGCCCUUCUUCCAUGAGCCGGAGCCGUUUGACUAUGGCUAUGAACCCACGCAGGAGUCACAGUGGAAUAAUGACAAUGCUGGCUGGGUGCCGACGGGCAUUAAGGAACUGACACCCGGACCGGCUCAUCAAAUGCCACAAGGACCUCAAGGACCACCGACAUUAGGUGGACCGCCAGGUAUGCCGCCACAAAUGAAUGUACCGCCGCCUCAAAUGGGCGGACCACCGCCACAAUUGCGGGGUCAACAUGCACCGCCCGGAAUGAUGCCGCCCAAUAUGCGCAUGCCCCACAACAUGGGCAUGGGUCCACCUCCUGGCAUGAUGCGUAUGCCACAUAAUAUGAACAUGGGACCACAGCAGCGAAUGCCCAUGGGUAACAAUAGCAACAAUACUAAUUUGACCGGGUCGCCAUCGACGGAGCGCAGAUCUGGUAGCUUUGAUGAUGAGCGCGAGCGGCGGCGACGUGAGAAGGAUAAACAGCUAAAGAAGGAGCAGGUACGGAAAGAUUUUAUGGACAUGUUGCGUGAACGACACGAUAUUGAACGCCAUACGCGCUGGUACGACAUCAAGAAGAAAUUCGAAGCAGAUCCAAGAUAUCGCGCGCUAGACUCAGCCUAUCGUGAGGAAUACUUUGAGGACUAUUUGCACCUACUUAAGGAAGAGAAGCGGAAAGAGAGGGAGCAUAAAGAGCGGGAUCGUGAGCGUAGCAGUCGAGGUACGCGAGAUAAGGAUAAGGACAAGGAUAAAGAGAAGGAAAAGGAAAAAGAUAAAGACAAGGACAAGGAUAAGGAGGAGAAGAAAGAUAGGGAAAAGGAUAAGGAGAAAGAAAAAGAUAAAGAUAAAGAUAAGGAAAGUUCAAGCUCAAGCUCAAGGCGAGAUCGAUCACGAUCCAAGGAUAAAUCGAGCCGUCGAAAAUCCAAGUCUCGAGAAAAGGAUCGAAGCGAGCGUAGCAGCACCAAGCAAAGCAGCUCCUCGAAGAGUAGCGAUAAAAAGAAAUCGCAUCGCAAGGACAAAGAAGAAGGUGAAUAGCAUUUAUUUUGGCAGCAGUGGCUGUCUGCUUUAGAAUGGCCAGUAAACGAUUGCGCACCACUCCUCAUCCAUAUAGACAUAUAGAGUUAACUCUGCAGAAACACUUCCAAUAAAAAGAAAUCAAUCUACCUUAAGAAAU